GGGAACCUGAGUUCUGGGACAAGGGGUCCUAGGGGCUGCAGGCGUGGGGUGGGGUGGCACAGCCAGAAGCCACGGGAGAAGCCGCAGUCUGCAGCGAAGAGCUGAGCGCAGCACGUCUACAGCCCUAAGCGAGGGUCUGGGAGCCCCGGGCAGAGCUGGUCUGUUGAUCUAAGCACAGCGCUUCCAGGUGCAGCUGGGCACCGGGCCCAGCUGUGAUUUCAGGGCACCUCUGCCUGGCAGCUACUGUGAUUUCAUAUCCUUGGGUUCCUGGGUGACUGAUUCUGGGAGCUGCGGAUGAAGAAUGCCGGGUGUGGCUCUGCCUGGAGGCUUUGGGCCUUGGGGGGCCUGACUGGGGCAGCCUCGCUCUCAGCCCUCUGGCUCCUGCAGCUACUCCGGCGGGCCCCUGGGGGAGCCCCGGUGCCCCGGCCCACGCUUGUCCUCGUCUGGCACUGGCCCUUUGCCGACCGGCCCCCAGAGCUGCCCAGCAACACCUGUGCCAGCUACGGUGUGGCCCACUGCCACCUGAGCACCAACCGCAGCCUUCUGGCCAGUGCCGAUGUCGUGGUCUUCCACCAUCGCGAGCUGCAGACGCGGCAGGCCCGCCUGCCCCUGGCUGAGCGGCCACGUGGGCAGCCCUGGGUGUGGGCCUCGAUGGAGUCACCCAGCCAUACCCACGGCCUCAGCCUCCUCCGAGGCAUCUUCAACUGGGUGCUGAGCUACCGGCGCGACUCAGACAUCUUUGUACCCUACGGCUGCCUGGAGCCCCGUGACGGGCCAGCCCCACCGCUGCCCGCCAAGACCAGGGUGGCUGCCUGGGUGGUCAGCAACUUCCAGGAGCGACAGCCACGGGUGCGGUUGUACCGGCAGCUGGCGCCUCACCUGCGGGUGGAUGUGUUUGGCCGCGCCCACAGGCGGCCACUUUGUGCCCACUGCCUACUGCCCACCGUGGCCCAGUACCUCUUCUACCUGUCUUUUGAGAAUUCACAGCACCGAGACUACAUCACCGAGAAAUUCUGGCGCAAUGCGCUGUGGGCCGGUGCUGUGCCUGUGGUGCUGGGGCCCCCGAGGGCCGACUAUGAGGCUCUUGUGCCACCUGACGCCUUUGUGCAUGUGGAUGACUUCGGCUCGGCCCGUGAGCUGGCCGCCUUCCUGGCUGGCAUGAAUGAGAGCUGCUAUCGGGGCUACUUCGCCUGGCGAGAGCGGUUCCGUGUGAGGCUGUUCAGCGACUGGCGGGAGCGCUUCUGCGCCAUCUGCACCCAUUACCCCCACCUGCCCCGCGACCAGGUCUACCAUGACCUGGAGGGCUGGUUCCAGGCCUGAGCCUGGGCUGCUGGAGGAGGCAGGGGAGGGCAACCGGGUGCUGGUGGUGUAGUGGGAGGCUGGAUGUUGAAAUCAAACCAUGGGGCAUCCGGCCCCCAUGGGCAGCUGUCAGAUUAACCCUGAGGCUGGGGUGGGACACCAGGAAGCACGGGUGAGGGAGAAGCAGCGGGUCUGAGCACGCUUCCUGGAGGAGGCUGGCCGGUACUGCAGCAGGCGUUUGGGGGUGGAGAUGACAGCAGGAGGAGGCUAGUGUGGUGUAAGUUGCAGCUGGUCAGAAGACGAGCUGCUGAGGACCUCCCUGUCCACCCUGAUCGGAUCCUGUUGGGGGGGUCAAGGCUGUCCUCAGAUGUGGGGCUAAGACUAGAGGCGGGGCUCUUGGGGCUGCAGACGUGCCCCUCUGUAACGGAGGGCCCUGGCGGGGAGCACGCGGCUCGUUGGCCUGCCCCUUCCACAGUGCCAGAGCCCCUUGUGCAGACCCGUGCUGGGCAGGGAUACCGUGCCAAGCACACCAGGUUGGUCAGCUUUUUGCAUCCUGCAGUCCACUUGGGGAGGGGCAUCAACCAAUAAAGGAAGAACAAGAA